AGCUUUGAUGUUACCAUCAGGGGCCGUGAAGGUGGCGUACCUAUAAGUAACCACGACAAACUUCAGCAGAACACUUUAAGUCGAGGAGUGAAUUUGUAAACAGCAUUCGAGCAUUCAAACAUUUAAAGAUGUCUAAGGCGGCACUUCAGAGGAAACAGAGAAAGACAAAGACGGAACAGGAGUUGCAGGGCGAGCUCGAUGAAUUCACAGAGGUGAAGAGCCAACUCCAUGACCUGAAAAUUAGACACAAGGAUGCGCAGCGCAAAGUCCAUGAACUGGAAUGUACAAACUACGACACGCAGCGCAAAAUCCGUAAACUGGAAGCUACAAACAACGACGCGCAGAGCAAAAUCUGUGAACUGGAAGCUUCAAACAAGGACGCGCAGAGCAAAAUCUGUGACCUGGAAGCUACAAACAAGGACACGCAGCGCGAAAUCCGGGCCAUGAAAGGUACAUACAAGGCCGCGCAGAGCAAAAUCUGUGACCUGGAAACUACAAACCACGAUGCGCACCGCAAAAUCCGUGAACUGGAAUUUACAAACAAGGACGCGCAGCGCAAAAUCCGGGGCAUGAAAGGUACAUACAAGGACGCGCAGCGCAAACUUCACGAGACUGAGGAAGAAGCUAAAGGUAUGCAAAAAUUGUUUGAAGAAGUCAAGCAAAAAAACGAAAUGCUUAAAGAACAGGAAGCUAAACACACAAUGGUGCAGUGGAAACUCAGUGACCUGGAACUGACACACAGAGACAUGAAGCGCAAACUUCAGGACAAAGUCAAAGAAAAGGCAGAUUUGCUAGACAACUUUAAUGAAGAACAGCUAAAACAUGAAGCAGCGCUUAUAAAAAAGGAAGAAGAGAAAAAUCUAGAGAUAGCUGGUUGGCGGGGAGGGCAACAUUUGAUGGAACUGUCAAUCAGAGGGCUGUACGAGCGAAUUCGGAAGGAUGAGGAAAUGAAUAGAUGCUUGCAAAAGAAAUUGAAUGAAGCCCUGCAAACAAAUGAAAAAAUGCUUAAAGAGAAGAAAGAAGAGGAAGAUAAAUACAAGGAGUUGCAGAGCGAGCUCCGUGACCUGGAAGUGAAACUUCAGGACGCAGAGAAAGAAAAUGAAGAAAUGCAUAAAGAAAAGAAAGAACAGGAAGAUAAACACAAGGAGUUGCAGAGCGAGCUCCGUGACCUGGAAGUGAAACUUCAGGACACAGUGAAAGAACAGGAAGAUAAACACAAGGAGUUGCAGAGCGAGCUCCGUGACCUGGAAGUCAAACUUCAGUAUACAGAGAAAGAAAAUGAAGAAAUGCGUAAAGAAAAGAAAGAACAGGAAGAUAAACACAAGGAGUUGCAGAGCGAGCUCCGUGACCUGGAAGUCAAACUUCAGUAUACAGAGAAAGAAAAGGAAGCAAUGCGUAAAGAAAAGAAAGAACAGGAAGAUAAACACAAGAAGUUGCAGAGCGAGUUUCGUGACCUGGAAGUGAAACUUCAGGACACAGAGAAAGAAAAUGAAGCAAUGCGUAAAGAAAAGAAAGAACAGGAAGAUAAACACAAGGAGUUGCAGAGCGAGUUUCGUGACCUGGAAGUGAAACUUCAGGACACAGAGAAAGAAAAUGAAGAAAUGCGUAAAGAAAAGAAAGAACAGGAAGAUAAACACAAGGAGUUGCAGAGCGAGUUUCGUGACCUGGAAGUGAAACUUCAGGACACAGAGAAAGAAAAGGAAGCAAUGCGUAAAGAAAAGAAAGAACAGGAAGAUAAACACAAGGAGUUGCAGAGCGAGCUCCGUGACCUGGAAGUGAAACUUCAGGACACAGAGAAAGAAAAGGAAGAAAUGCGUAAAGAAAAGAAAGAACAGGAAGAUAAACACAAGGAGUUGCAGAGCGAGCUCCGUGACCUGCAUAGCGAGUUUCGUGACCUGGAAGCGACACACGGAGAUGUGCAGCGCAAACUUCAGGACACAGAGAAAGAAAAUGAAGAAAUGCGUAAAGAAAAGAAAGAACAGGAAGAUAAAUACAAGGAGUUGCAGAGCGAGCUCCGUGACCUGGAAGUAAAACUUAAGAACACAGAGAAAGAAAAUGAAGCCUUGCUAAAGAAGCUCAAUAAUGCCAAGGAAAAAAGUAAUAAGAUCUGCCAAAAACAGACAGAACUGGAAAAGAAGUACACAGAGUUGGAGAACAAGUACGAAACCCUGCUACGGAACCACACAAGGCUACAGCACCAACACCUGUACACUAAGAAAUAAAUGAAGGAGGACACACUCUAUGACAGCCUUUUUGGCUGAGAGGAUUAAAGAUGGAGGAAGACAUCUCCCCAUCCUCCUCUCUCUCUUUCCCUCUUUUCCUUACCCUAUCAUCCCCAACCUGUUUAUUCAUCUUUGAGAAUACAGGCUAAGGAGGUAGGGUAAUAAUAAUAAUAAUAAUAUUACAUGUAAUAUUAUAUAUAUAAUAAUAAAGGAAAUCAU